ACGGCCCAUCUAUGGCCUACAUAGCACUCAAGUCGGUCUUCAAAAAUCACUUUCAAAGGAGCUGUCCCAUUUCCCCAAAAUCACUCUGAAUCCUGUUUUUCCUCCCAGAUACAUCUCUACUAUCUUGUUGAAGCUUCCGAUUUGUUGCAGGCAGAAGCACCAAGUUGUCUCGUGAACUGAGAACUUGAUAUGCCUACUACAAACUCUGAGUCUGACUUGGAACCGCUGGCAGAGCUACCUCGCCUGGCUACCACAGGACAUGCAACUCACUGUAAAAUGUGUCUGGCUGGUUUACCAGCCGGACAGGUCGAUAUAGAUUCAUCAAGACUAGCAUUGGUAUUUUAUUGCCUGGGGUCUCUGGACUUGUUGGACAUCAUCAAUAACAAGACAAAUAAUGACGAACGUCAGAUGUGGGUGAGCUGGGUUUGGGAGCAACAGACGAGUGGGCCGUAUGGUUCUGGAUUCAAGCCGGGUCCAUAUAUGACACCAGAAAAGCACCUGGGAGUCCCGGACAAUGACUAUUCAAAUGAUAACAGCCCCCACAUCAUUGUGACCUACACAGCUCUACUCUGUCUGGCAAUACUACGUGACGACUUCACCAGACUGGAUCGUUCAGGCUUGAUCAAAUUCCUCCGCUCCUGUCAAAAAGAUGACGGAAGUUUUUCUACGGAGCCUCUUGGGGGUGACUCGGAUCUUCGGACGGUAUAUUGUGCAUUUGCAAUCAGCAGCAUGUUAGAUGAUUGGUCCGGAGUAAAUGUCGACCGUGCGUUUGGGUUUAUUGCAUCAUGCAGGUCGUAUGAAGGAGGUUACGGACAAUCCCCCUUCUGCGAAGCUCAAGGGGGGACUACGUAUUGUGCACUUGCAUCAAUGCAUCUCGCCAACCGAUCCUUUCUCCUAAUCGAGCACUUGUCUGCUUCGGAACGCCGUAAUACUAUCCGAUGGCUUAUACAAAACCAAGACGGGUCUGGUGGCUUUUGCGGGCGCACAGGAAAAGAUGCAGAUGCGUGCUACUGUUUUUGGUGUGGUGCCUCUCUCAGUAUUCUGGGCGUGGGUGAAUUGGUCAACACGUCUGCUCUUGCACGUUUUGUGGCAUCUUGUCAGUUCAAAUUCGGCGGGAUUGCCAAAGCGCCGGGAGAGCAUCCAGAUCCGUUUCAUACAUAUCUGGCUCUAGCGGCGCUAUCUUUGCACCCACCACAGCAAGACGUGUCUGCACCGUCGUCCUGGAUACUGCAGGCCCUCGACCCUUUGCUGAAUACAAAGCAAGACACGGCAGCCUGGGCAAGGCAACACAUUCCUGCUCCCGGUAAUUAAUUAAAGAUUUCUGGACCAAUCCGACGCAUUUUGAUACAUUAUUGGAACGUAUUCAUACCAUGCUACCCCUGUUGUAUCUCUACUUCCUUUAUCGGUUCGGACCCUCAAACACCAACUAUUAUGCGCACUUUCCAAU